UUACGGUCUAGUAUAGAGCAUGCAAAGGUUACUCACAUGGUUUAUUUGUAAGAUAAGGAAAAUUGAUACAAAGGUACAAUAUAAUUUCAUUGGUAAUUUAUUACAUUGUUGGAACCCAAAAAAAAUCACAAGGCUGUCUUUGUAUAUUUAAGACUAGAGAGAAUGAGGAGAAUGUGUGUGGUGCAAGAAAAUGGUCAUCAUGGGCAGCUAAAGCCUUGUGGAAUCCUGCGACCACAAACCUUAAAGAAGAUGCCAAAAUUGGGAGAGAGGGAAAAACGUCUUGCUCCUACCGACUUACAAAAACAAGUAACUGCAUCAAGAUCAGACACAUUACGUACGAUGGAACAACAUGGCUCUGCCCUACCAGUGGUUAGAAGGCCGUCACUAAUUGCUAGAAUUCCGGCACAUAUCUUUAGUUCGGUAUCAUUCUUGGAGCAUAUGCCAACUAGAGGAGGUGAUAGUGGUGGUGUAAUAGCUGGUGGAGGAGGUGGUGUUGUUUGUGGCGGAGGCGGUUUUAAAGUUUGUGGAGGAAGUGGUGGUGGUGAGAUUGUUGGUGAUGGACCGGGACAGCUAAAGCCUUGUGGAAUCCUACGACCACAAACUUUAAAGAAGAUGCCGAAAUUGGGAGAGAGGGAAAAACGUGGUGCUCCUACCGAUUUACAAAAACAAGUAACUGCAUCAAGAUCAGACACAUUUCGGAUGAUGGAACAACAUGGUUCUGCUCUUCCAGUGGUUAGAAGACCGUCACUAAUUGCUAGAAUUCCGGCACAUAUCUUUAGUUCGGUAUCAUUCUUGGAACAUAUUCCAACCAGAGGAGGUGAUAGUGGUGGUGUGAUUGCUGGUGGAGGAGGUGGCGUGGUUUGUGGAGGAGACAACGGUGGCGGUAAGGGUUUUGGAGGAAGUGCUGGUGGUGUGGUCGCUACUGGAGGUGGUGAUGUGCUCUGUGGUGGAGGCGGUGGUUGGUCAUUGGCUGGCGGUGCUGGUUGAAAUGUUGGUGGAGUUGGCGGUUGGGGAUCGGGUUGCGGCGGAGGUGGUCCCGGAUUACAAAUACAAAUACAAGGUGGUGGUGGAGGGCAGUAAACGGAAUGGUUAUCUGCUCUAACGAUGGUGAGUAAUGGAAUGAUGCUGAAUGAGAGGAAAAGGAUUAUAGUAGUUGAGGCCAUUCUUGAUUGCAUAUUUUUUUGUUUGGUUUUGCAUUUGCGAAAUUUGGACUAUUUAUGAACGAUGGAUUUGAGGA